GAUACUUAUAAGUAUGGCUGCCAUUAUUUCAGUUCACAAGUGACAGCUGCACAAGAAGGUAGAAAAAACCUAACGGAAAUCAUAUUUUCUACUUGUAAUAUAAGAAGAAUGUUAUCCAAGGCUUUGCCGAAUGUAAAUUCGGCAUUUACGUAAUUGCAAAUUGAAGAAAGUGAAUGAUUUAUAAGAGGGUUAGGAUUCUGGAAUGAAGAUCAAAUGAAGAUGAAUCGAUAUAUCACCUUGAACCAACUGGGCGAUGGAACAUUUGGCUCAGUUGUUCUCGGCGAAAGAAUUGAUACUGGCGAGAAAGUUGCAAUCAAAAGAAUGAAAAGGAAAUACUAUUCCUGGGAAGAAGCUAUGAAUCUUCGAGAAGUCAAGUCAUUGAAAAAAUUGAGCCAUGCAAAUGUUGUGAAAUUAAAAGAGGUGAUCAGGGAGAAUGACGUUUUAUACUUUGUCUUCGAAUACAUGAAGGAGAAUUUGUAUCAGUUAAUGAAAGAUAGAGAUAAACUCUUCCCGGAGCCAGUGAUUAGAAACAUGGUAUUUCAAGUAUUACAAGGACUGGCAUUUAUGCACAAACAUGGCUUUUUUCAUCGGGACAUGAAACCGGAAAAUCUCCUCUGUAUGGGACCGGAAUUAGUGAAAAUUGCAGAUUUUGGUCUUGCAAGGGAAAUUCGCUCUAGACCACCUUACACGGAUUAUGUCUCCACAAGAUGGUAUAGAGCACCGGAAGUUCUAUUACAUUCAACAACGUACAACAGUCCUAUUGAUAUUUGGGCAGUUGGUUGUAUAAUGGCAGAACUUUAUACAUUUAGGCCAUUGUUCCCUGGAAAAAGUGAGAUUGAUGAAAUUUUUAAGAUUUGUUCUGUAAUUGGCACACCUGAUAAAAAUGAUUGGCCUGAGGGUUAUCAAUUGGCGACUGCAAUGAAUUUUAAGUUUCCAAAUUUUAAUCGAACUUCUCUUAGUGUACUGAUUCCUAAUGCUAGUGAACCUGCUGUGAUUCUUAUGGAAGAUAUGUUACAAUGGAACCCUAUUAAAAGGCCCACUGCACAACAGUCUCUUAGGUAUCCAUAUUUUCAAGUUCGUGGACCCAGAGUAAUUAGUAGUAAAAAAAUAGGGGUAGGUUCCCAAAGGGAACUUGUGAUGAAUAAAGUUAAUUUACCGCCUCCUAUUCAUAAUUAUAAUUCUCAGGAUGGAAGCGGCAUAAAUAAUAGCAGAGCGCAAGAAAAAGUGUCCCAGCAGCAAGUUUUACCUCUUCUGAAUCACAACAUUCGUAAACGUGAAAGUAUUCCAAAAUGGGACGACGAUGAUGACGACUUUGCAGAUCUUCUCGGGAGCAAGAUCAUCCCGGACAAUUCCAACACGAAACUCGUACCUGAACGUGUCUACAAGGAAAAUCGUGCCAAUUGGAGCAGCAAUUACUCCAUCAUCGAGAAUCCAAAGGAAACCAAUGCCAACUGGUCCCUACCGGCUUGGGAUGAACCUCAACAACAGCCGAACAAUUGGAAUCAUCAUCAUCAUCAUCAACAGAGCCAGAGCAACAUGAAAAGUGCCAGGAAAGUCUCAGCCAAGCAACACUACCUCAGCGUCGCUCGGUACGUCGCUGGCCAGAGCACGAAUUUGCCUUCCAGAAAUGGUGACACUGACUCGAAUCGAUCGAGAAUUAUGAUGAAUGGUGGAUUGGUGAAUUCGCCAACGUUGGAAAAAAUUGAAGAUUUCACGGAAUCAUUUUGGACGCCGAGGGAAAAUUUGGAAAAUCAAACGAGACAACAUUAUAUCGCGAGAAAUCGAUAUAUUGCUGAACAAACGACAAAGUUGCCAUACGCUAGUGUCUACGGUACUCAAAAUAUGAAGCCAGUGAGUAAAAAUACGCUUCAGUCGAAUUUAUUCGGCGGAUUACUCAGUUCAAGACCAAGUGGAGGUCUACAUGGGCGCACUGAUUGGGCAGCCAAGUAUCUCAAAUGAUAAAUCUAGAAAAAUUGGUUCAAACAAAAAAAAUCAGUGCAUCGAUAAAGGACGUGUAAUUUAUGUCCAACUGUGAUAAAGGUGUGAUAAGACACUGAUUUUUUUUUUCUUUUUUUUUUUUAUACAUAAGAACCUGAAUUCAAGUAAUCAAGUCGUCCACGUGAGUAUCAUAAUGGCUGAUAUAAAUUCAACAAAUGUGCUUCAAAAAAUUAGAAAAACAUGUCUCUGAUCAGAAACAUACAUAAUAUGUAGAAAUUGCAUUGAAACAGUAUUUGUCCCAAGAAAGGAGAAUAAUCAAAUCUAUAAGAGAAAGGAACUAACAAGUGUCAAAGAUGUAAGAAAAAAAUUAAGUGGUUUAAAAAAAAAAUAUCCUUCAAAUUUUUAAGAACAGCUUUAGUAUAUUAUUAUAUAACUCGACUUGUCCAAAAUAUUGAAAAUUUCGUUAAUAUUUUCUCUAAUUUUUAAAUUAUUAUCUUUAAAAUUUGUACCUUUACAAAUUAAUUAUCUAAUUUUUUUAAUUAUUAUUAUGAAUGUAUCACAUUAAAUGGAAAACAUUCGUUAUUCUAUAUUAUAAUAUUAAUUAGAAGUAUUAUAAUUUCGCUAAAUUAAAAUAAAUAUUUUAAUAAGUAAAUUUGGACCAGUCUUGAUAAUAAGAUAAAAUAGCAUAAAUAAUUAGGAUUGAAUUCGAUGCAAAAUAUAUUCGACUUGACAAAAGUUUAAUUAUAUUACAAUAAAAAUAUAAAUAGCCUACGUCUAGUUGAAUUUUGAAAUGAAAAAUUUAUAUUUAUGAAGAAAAAAGGAAAUUUUUCUUCAGACGGAUUAUAAUAUAAAUAGUUAAAUAUAAUAAAGAAAAUAUGUAUAUAAUAUUAAAUUAUAAUAUUAUAAUGAAUAUUGUUUGUUCUGUAUGUAUAUUAUAAUUAUGUGCGCGGAUUAUUAAUUAAUACGAUUAUUAUAAUAAAUGUGAUUAUUAAUUAAUUUUCUAUCUUUCCUAGGGAAAAAUUUCCCUUUUCAGUAGAACCUUCGAAAUAGGGUACAAAAAUAGCCAAGUAAAAAUAAUAAAAAUAGUAUAAUAUAUAUAUAUAUGUAUUUAUUAAUAUUUGUACAUAUUGAUAAUGCGAUACGAGAGAUGAAAUCGUUGUUAUUACGAAAUUAAUUUCUUAUACAAAUAGAGAAAUCCGAUAAACCUUUCUUACAAUAUUCGGAUCUCUUUUUUUUUCUUGAAAAUUAAAAAUCGUAUCGCACUCUUCUAUAAUUAUAUAUAUAUAUAUACCUAUAUAUAUAAUGUUCGGAAGUUUAUUGGGGUCUACGAUGAAAAAUAUAUAAUGUACAACAAAAAAUUUUUCCAUCGUUUUAUCCCUUUUUUCAUCUAAGCACAACCUCGAGAAAGCAUAUCCUUCGUUUAGAUACAUUCGAAGUCGAAAAGUUAAUUAAUUUCUUUUUUUUUUUAAUAUAUAAUUUUACUUAUUAGGUUUAGUUAUUAUUUGUCCUUAAAUUGUGAAUUUUUAAUAGCUCGAUUAUUUUUAAUUAACUAUCCUCUCUCCAUAUUAUAUUUUAUUAUAUAAUCUCCCUUUACUAUUUCAUAUUUCAUUAUAUAUCUUAUAUAUCAUUAUAUAUAAAAUUUUAUCACAUAUAUAUAUGAAAAGACAAAAAAAAAUCCAUUGAAAUCAAAUAAAAAUGAUUUACUAUAACAAUAAAUACAACUUUAUUUAUAAUUGUACAUGAUUUUCAAAUUUUAUAGCCGUGUUAGAUUUUUUUUUUUUUUAUUUAAAAUUAAUAUAUUUAUGAUUAUUAUUAUAUUGAAAAUAAAAUUUUAUUUGUCAAAAAUUAAGUACUUGUUCAAUCUUACAUUUUUCAUACCUGCUUUGCGUAUAUCUCAGUCUUUUUUUUUUGCAUAUAAUUUUUCAAAGUUUGGGAUUUCUACUUUUUUUGAAAAAUUUUUUUUAAUGAACUGUGUAUACAAAUUUGAAGAGUAGAAGUAAAAAUAUUUUUGUUUGGUGACAACACAUUUUUUUUAUUACGUUCACAUUUUUCAUUGCAAAAUAUUAUUUUUUUUUUAUUCAAAUUUGUUGAUAUUUUAUAGUAAAAAUUUUGUCUUGUUUUUUUUUUGUUUUGUUGACAAUAAUUUUUGUUAAUUUUAUAAAAAUUUAUUUAUGUGCAAAAAAAGAGAUUCAUUUUUUAAUAAAAUUUUUCUAAAUUUUAAAGAAAAGUAACAAUAAACUUUGAAAAUUAAUUUAUAUAUUUCUUUUUAAUAUAAAUUUUU